AUGAGGGAGCUGGAGGAACGCUCCGUUCGCGGCCGGGAGGCUCCCGGGGGCCGGGGCUCCGAGGUACCUGCCCUCCGGGGCCCGGGCGGGGGCGAGCCGGGCGGGCGGCAGGCUGCCGCGGGAGAUUCCCGGCAGCUGGGGCGGUCGGGGAAAAAAGAAGAAGGAGGAACCAUGUCAGGACACAAAUGCAGUUAUCCCUGGGACUUACACAAUCGAUAUCCCCAAGACAAGUCAGUUGUAAAUAAGAUGCAGCAGAAGUAUUGGGAGACGAAGCAGGCCUUUAUUAAAGCCACAGGGAAGAAAGAAGAUGAGCACGUUGUUGCCUCGGACGCAGACCUGGACGCCAAGCUAGAGCUGUUUCACUCAAUUCAGAGAACCUGUCUGGACUUGUCUAAAGCAAUUGUACUCUAUCAAAAGAGAAUAUGUUUCUUGUCUCAAGAAGAAAACGAACUGGGAAAAUUUCUCCGGUCCCAAGGCUUCCAAGAUAAAACCAGAGCGGGAAAAAUGAUGCAAGCGACAGGAAAGGCCCUCUGCUUUUCUUCCCAGCAAAGGUUGGCUCUGAGAAACCCUCUGUGCCGCUUUCACCAAGAAGUGGAGACUUUCCGGCACAGGGCCAUCUCCGACACCUGGCUGACGGUGAACCGCAUGGAGCAGUGCCGAACUGAAUACCGAGGGGCGUUACUGUGGAUGAAGGACGUGUCCCAGGAGCUUGAUCCAGACCUCUGCAAGCAGAUGGAGAAGUUCAGGAAGGUGCAAACACAAGUUCGCCUUGCCAAAAAAAGCUUUGACAAAUUGAAGAUGGAUGUGUGUCAAAAAGUGGAUCUUCUUGGAGCGAGCAGAUGCAAUCUCUUGUCUCAUAUGCUAGCAACAUACCAGACCACUCUGCUUCAUUUUUGGGAGAAAACUUCUCACACUAUGGCAGCCAUCCAUGAGAGCUUCAGGGGUUAUCAGCCAUAUGAAUUUACCACGUUAAAGAGCUUACAAGACCCUAUGAGAAAACUGGUGGAGAAAGAAGAAAAGAAGAGGAUUGCCCAGCAGGAAAGUGCAGAGGCCAUGGUGGAGGAGCCAAGUCAGUUAAUUUCACUAGAGGAUGAAAACCAACACAAGGAAUCCUCUAGUUUUAAGACCGAAGAUAGAAAAAGUAUUUUAUCUGCCUUAGACAAAAGCUCUACACAUAAUGCAUGCUCAGAUGAACUUUUAGACAUGAAACCUGAGGAAGGUGCUUGCCUGGGCCCAGUGGCAGGGACCCCAGAACUUGAAGGUGCUGACAGAGAAGACCUGCUGCUGUUGAGUGAAAUCUUCAACGCUUCCUCCCUGGAAGAGGGCGAGUUCAGCAAAGAGUGGGCCGCUGUGUUUGGAGAAGGUCGGCUGAAGGAGCCAGCGCCCACUGCGGCCCCAGGAGAGCCGGACCCCAGGCCCCAGGCAGGCUCAGGAUUCCUUCCUUCACAGCUUCUAGACCAAAACAUAAAAGACUUACAGGCCUCGCUGGAAGGCUGGUCAGAGAGCAGUGUCAGCCCUUCUCCUCCAUGGCCAGCACCAAAGGCAAGCAGUCCAAAUGUCAACUACCCUGCAGUGAAAGAGCCUGCCAAGGCCUCCUCGGACCUGACUGCCUGGUUCAGCCUUUUUGCUGAUCUCGACCCACUAUCAAAUCCUGAUGCUGUUGGGAAAACCGAUAAAGAACAUGAAUUGCUCAAUGCGUGA